UUCAAUUGAGUGAUCAUUCAUGAACGUGAUCAGAUGUACCAACACACAGUGUUCCAAUUUCCAUUAACCCAAUCGAACGAAAUGCAAACCCUGGAUUCGCGCUUGAGACUUGCCAAUUGAAGGAAAUGCAAGUCUAGAUCAAGAUCCUAUAAAAUGUUUUCCCGAUCUCUAUGAAUUUUGGUUCACUCAUUUCCCUAAUGAAUCGAAAUCCAACACUCGUUCAUGUGGUUGAUCACUUCAAGGAGUACAUGCGGCGAGAGCUUCAUUCUUCUUCGAUUUCGUCUCUCUCUCGAGGUUCAAUGUCCUCGAGACCCGGUUCAUCUUUGAAACUUUAGUCUAGUAUUAGUCACGGUUCUGUGUAGGACUAAUGUGGGAACAAAAUUUCAUAGGACUCCACAAAAUGAAGGUUUUGAUAGGAUUGGAUGGAUACAAUAACUUAAUGCUUGCAAUAUUCUAUUUGGGUGGCAUUUGGGGAAGAAAUGGCACGGAUCUUCGCAACGGUGAUGCACAGACAGCCGGUUUUGGAUAGGAAAAGUUGGUUGAGUCAGUUGCAUUGAAAGUGCUUAAAUAAUACACCAUAAGGUUUCUGGAGUUUACUAGUCAUGGCUAAGAAUGGUGAUAUGCCUGUGCAGGAGAGAAAGUGGAAGUUGCCACCUUUUAUUUUCUUCAAAGAUGCCAGGCAUAUUUUCAAGUUGGAUGCACUUGGGGUGGAGAUACUGCAGAUUGCAUUCCCUGCAGCGCUGGCAUUAGCUGCUGACCCCAUUGCUUCUUUAAUUGACACAGCAUUCAUUGGCCGCUUAGGUCCAGUGCCACUUGCUGCAGUAGGAGUCUCAAUUGCUAUUUUCAAUCAAGCGUCAAAGGUUACCAUUUUUCCACUUGUCAGCAUUACCACUUCUUUUGUUGCUGAGGAAGAUACUGUUGGUAGAAUAAACAGAGAGGCUCUCAAAGAUGAGAAUACAGAAAAGAUUUCGGCCAAAAAGAAUGAAAUGAAACAGUUGACACUGGAAGGUGUUGUGCUUGAGAACCUGGAAGAGGGUUUAGGCACAAUCUGUGAAAUGAAAGAGUUGAUGCCAGAAGAAGAUUUCAAAACAACUGGAUACAAAUCUCCAACUGUCACUACUAGCAGUCCAAAGAAUAAGGCCAAAUUAAAAAAAGAGAAGCGUCACAUUCCUUCAGCAUCUACUGCAAUUCUUCUGGGAUGUAUCCUUGGCAUCCUUCAGACCAUAUUCCUUAUAUUCCUAGCAAAACCGAUCUUGAGCUUCAUGGGUGUGAAAUCUUCGGACAUGCCAUGGACACGCCGUGACACUUUCCGGACGCGCGAGGUGGAUCGAAGAUGCCCUAAUUGUUGGAGAAGAGACAGAGAAAGAGAUCGAGGGAGGAGAGGAGACAGAGAAAUAGAGAAAGAGAUCGAGGGAGAGGAAAAAACCCAAACCUGUUUAGAUCAAUCGAAGAAGCCUGAGGGCUCCCCUAUGCUAAAUCCAGCACAAAGAUAUUUGACUUUAAGGGCACUUGGUGCUCCUGCUGUUCUCCUCUCUUUGGCCAUGCAAGGGGUCUUUCGGGGAUUUAAGGACACCAGAACUCCCUUAUAUGCCACAGUUGCAGGAGACUCACUGAAUAUAAUACUGGACCCAAUUCUUAUAUUUGUGUGCCAUUUGGGAGUCAAUGGUGCAGCCAUUGCACACGUUCUUUCUCAAUAUUUAAUUUCAGUGAUCCUCUUGUGUAAAUUGAUGCAAAAAGUUGUUCUCUUACCUCCAAGUGUCAAAGAUUUGCAGUUCAGUCGGUUUCUUAAAAAUGGUUUUCUAUUGUUGGCAAGGGUAAUAGCUGUGACAUUCUGUGUAACCUUAGCAGCAUCAUUGGCUGCGAGACUUGGUACAACACCUAUGGCUGCAUUUCAGAUUUGUUUACAGGUCUGGAUGACCUCAUCGCUUCUUUCUGAUGGUUUGGCUGUUGCGGGACAGGCUAUCCUUGCUUGUGCGUUUGCUGAGAAGGAUUAUGUGAAAGCAAAAGCUGUUGCAGCUAGAGUGUUGCAGAUGGGAUUUGUACUGGGUCUGGGGCUCACUGUAGUUGUUGGACUUGGGUUGCAAUUUGGAUCUGGAAUAUUUACGAAGGACAAAAAUGUUGUUCACCUCAUUAGUAUAGGCAUUCCGUUUGUAGCAGCUACACAACCAAUCAAUUCAUUGGCCUUUGUUUUUGAUGGCGUGAACUUUGGAGCAUCAGAUUUUAUUUAUUCUGCAUACUCCAUGGUUCUGGUAUCUGUAGUGAGCAUUGCAUCUUUAUUCCUUCUUUGGAAAAGCCACGGCUUUGUUGGCAUAUGGUUUGCUUUAACCAUUUAUAUGGGCCUGCGUGCAUUUGCUGGGAUUUGGAGGAUGGGGACUGGAACUGGGCCAUGGCGCUUUCUCAGAGGCCAAUCAUGGAAAUAGGAUAUGAAAUUUGAGGAACUUAUAUAACUCAUAUAAUGUAGUAUCAUAUCAAUGUUAUUUCCUUUUGUUGGAGUGGACAGAUUUGUGUCUGUACAUGUUUUUUUGCACCCUUGGAUCUGUAUCACGGCUAGACGGUUACUGGAUAGACUUUGUUUCUGUUCUUGUAUCUGUAAUCAUGGUUCGACCUGGUAAAAUAAUUUGUGUGUAUAUAUUUACAUGAGAACUAAUAAUCCAAAUGUUAUUUGCUAAUGA